AUGUCACCUUCAAAAACAACAUUAUCAAAAGUCCCAACCACGAAAUCGUUUGAGCCGCCUAUGAACGUCCCAGGAACCAGCUCAAAUCGUUCCUACAUGAAUUCGGUGUCAGCAUCACCGAUAAGCGGCACUUCAAACUCUUCCCCAAACUAUCCUCUGUUUGAAAAUACACCAGAGAGAGCUGUGGGUGCUGAGCAGCAAAAAAAUCAAACGAGUUCUUCGACACAAACUGAAGAGCUGAAUUCGUCUGAACGAGCUCUGCGGGCUCAAACAUGUCCAGUAGAUAUACCCGGACCCUCGUUGCAAUCAAAUGAUGCUUCGCCAAAACAAGCCGCACCAUCCCAACCUGUGCGAGUGGAUUCUCCAGCUGUUAAUAAACCGUGUUCCUCACAAACCGGACAGAAAUUUGCUGUGCCAGCAAACCCAGCAAACAAUGGGCUCAUGGACCCAAAAGCAGAUGAAUCUCAGCAGGGACAAGCAGGACCUGCAGUGGCUCCAUCCCGACCUGCAUUCAAGAGACCAUAUCCUGCACAAGGAGCAGCGAAUUCACCAAAAAUGGGAAAAUGGACUCGUGCUGGACAGCUUCAGAUGAUGAGUCAAGCAGGACAGACGGGACAAACCCAAAUGAUGACUCCGUCUACUUCCACGCAGAAUAAUUCAUUGCGGACUGCUCCAGCUGGAACAUCACAGAUGACGCAAGUGACGAGCUCGACUCUUGUGAAAACUACAUCGCAGACCGGUCCAAUUAAGCAAUCCCCGACGACACCGGCGAGACUUCCAGGAUUUGUUUCAAUGAGUUCACCAACCCCUGCGUUGAAAUCAAAUGAUCGUUCACAGUCGGGAGAAGUAGGACCAGCCCAAGCUGGAGUAUCGGGACAGACUGCAUCAUCGCAAUCUACGUCUGCGGAUUUACUACCUGCUCCAGAGACUGGAUCAUCAGAAGCAGAACAGAAAAGAGCGACUCAAAUUGUGCACCCACAACCACAAAAAACACAAGUGGAAGAGUCACAAUCGGCCCAAUCAAGCUCAGAAGCUGUGAUGCCUCCACCACGAGCUGCCUUGAAGAGAUCAUGUCGUUCUAAACAAACUGCUGCUCAACAAAAUGGAGAUGCAUCAACAUCUGAACUGAUGGGCCCACCUAGUGCGCCGCCAAGGAGAUCGUCCAGAAAAAGGAAAAACCAAAAUGAACGACCAGAUGAAGAUAAGGAGCCACGGAUUACAACACCAAUGCGUGAAAUAAAAGCCAAUAAAAAGAAACCAAAUCAGUCCAAAAGAAUCCCCAAAGCCCUGCCCAGAAAAAAACCGAAAGUCGGCUCCAAACAACAAGUCAACAUCCCAGAAGAGACGAGUGACUCCGAAAGUCCAGAUCGGGAAGAGACGACGUGGAUACUCCCAGAUGACGAAGAAACUUUAAUCGCCACAUCCACUCUUCGAAAUGAGUACUGGUGCGUAAUAUGGCGACAGUUUGAAGGAUUAAUUCCAUACGAAGCAGCUCUCCAACAUUUCAUGGAAAGCAACUAUUCCACAUGCAAAGCGUUUGAGAACAUUGAAGAGUUAUUGCGAAAGUGGGGAUACUCUCCACGGAAGCACCUUCGAGAAGCUCAUAUGGAGCACUACAAUCAGCUUUUGGAUGAGCAAUCCUUCAAUAAGGUGUAUGAUGAGGAAAGUAUUCCCCAAGAGUACAGCUUGGUCGAAGUCAAGGAAUUUUAUGCUCUCUUCCAUUCGCGACAAAUUGCCCCCCAAAGAUUGCAUCGGAACCUUUGCGUCUGCAAGGAGUUCUUUUGCAGGAAGCUCACUUUUGAGCCGCGAUGGGCUUGUGCAAAUUGUACCGGCCAGUUGAGGCAAAUGGCAUCUCCUCGCCUUUGUCUCAUAUGUCAGGCGUACAAGGAGAAGACUGGAAGAUCUCGCCCAAUUUCUGACUCUUAUUGGAGCGGUGAAGAAGUCAGAAAAAUCUUGGCUUGGAAAUCACUGGAAGAAAAACUUCAAAAGGAGGUUCCAAGGGAGGACUUCGAGAAGUUUUUAAAAGAAAAGGAGCGAAAACGAAUCGAAGAAGAACGCUUCUCGGAGGAGGAAAAGAGAUUAGUUCAAUCUCUUCCCAAAGGAUCCGAAAAGACUAUGGAACUUUGGAUGAAGGAGAUUGACAACCCCUUCCUAAAAAAUUGCCACCCAUCCACGACGAAAAUCGAUACUAUUGUGAAAAACCGCAAGGAUGAUGUGAUGAAUGAAAAAGCAGAACCACGACCAAAACGAAGUUGCAUUCAAAGUUCCUCGCAAGGAUCAAGCCGGACGAAGGACAAUGGCGAGGCCGCGACUUAA